AUGAUGCAGAAAGUGCUCAUCGGUCUCUUUACAGCUACUCUGGUAUCAGGCAGCCCGCUUUCGAGCCAGCUGGCCAGUAUCAAUGAACUGUUUACGGCCAAGGAGAAGCUUUAUUUCGGUUCAAUAACCGACCCCGUUGAUAUCGCCAUCAGUCAAGAUGCCAGUACUAUCAUUGCUGAUUUUGGUGCUGUCACUCCAGAGAACAGCAUGAAAUGGGAUGCAACAGAGCCAUCCAGGGGUGAAUUCAACUUCGACGCCGCUGACCAGUUCGUCGAGUUUGCUACUUCUAACAAUCUCGUCAUUCGCGGCCAUAAUCUCCUGUGGCAUUCACAACUCCCCAGCUGGGUAUCCGCAAUCUCGGACCCGGACGAUCUGACUGAAGUGAUUCAAACCCAUGUUAGUACCGUCGCAGGAAGAUAUGCCGGGAAGAUCUACGCUUGGGACGUGGUGAACGAGAUCUUUAACGAGGACGGCUCACUUCGUGAUUCUGUCUUUAGCCGUGUUCUGGGCGACCAGUUUGUCUCUAUUGCUUUCAACGCUGCAAAGGAAGCCGAUCCUACCGCCAAGCUCUACAUUAAUGACUACAACCUGGACAGUGCCAGCUACGGGAAAGUUGCUAACGGCAUUGUGCCCAACGUUAAAGAUUGGAUCGCUGCAGGUGUUCCUAUCGAUGGAAUUGGUUCGCAAAGCCAUCUCGGAGAAGGCGGCUCCUCGGGCACAUUGGGUGCUCUGCAAGCGCUGAGUGCCGUCGUGUCCGAAGUAGCUAUAACAGAGCUUGACAUCGCCAACGCACCCCCCGAUGACUAUGUCGCCGUUACCAGUGCCUGCUUGGAGGUGUCAAAUUGUGUGGGAAUUACAGUUUGGGGCACAAGUGAUGCACAUUCGUGGAGAUCUAGCGACCACCCCUUACUCUUCGACGACAACUACCAACCAAAGGACGCAUAUAAUGCCAUCGUAACCCUGCUAUCUUAG